AUGACAACAAACCUCAUAAGCAGACUACCGCUGGAACUCCGUCUCCAGAUCUACGAGGACUGCGACUGUUACCCCGACUCUACAUGCGGCCGGUCCUACAAAGAUCCAUGGAGCGACCUUCCACGUAGCCACGACAUCGGCAAGAGACUCGACGGCGUAGCUAUGGCGAACCUCCUCAGUGCAUUUCCGGAGCUCGUGUCUGACAUGCCGGAGUUUCUAUCCGAACUUCACGGAGUCAAGACUCUGGCGUUCUCCAACCGGUACAACCCGCAGACGGCCACAACACUACCUUCCCUCAACUCUCUAUGUCAAAUCCUACAAAUUGCUCCGAUCAAAGCGGAGCUCCACAUCGCUCUCGACACUCGACACUGGAACCACUGUCUCCUAUCAACUCUCAUCGGAUCACUCGUCCAGACGAGGCAGACUGUGCAUGUCAGCCUGAUCUGCAACUCAGUACCAGCGAAGAAAAUUGUUGCGGUAGCCGAAUUGCUGGCAAGUCGUGGUGGGUCUGUCAGCAUCUACGAAGAGUGCGCCUGCAACUGUCAUCGAUUCGCGGGUAUCGGGCCGUGUACUUGGAUAAAUCCGGUCCCGAGGGGAUUGAGGAUGCGGCCGCCGUUCUGGUUCAUGUUACAUGAGACGCAACAUGGGGGGGUUGCAUGA